AUGGCUGUGUGCGGGUACCUGCUAGUAGUAGCCGCUGUCCUGGUGGGACAAGCUUUGUCAGUGCCAGUCGUUGUCCCCGAUGCGCCCAAUGGCAGUGAUCAGGCGAAUGAAAGGCACGGUGAUCAGCUGCUUCGCGCAUGGCUAGAUCUGUUUGGAUCGCGUAGCGGUAAUCAGAACCCCGAUCCAGUGCCUCAUCACAGCGAGGGGCCGCACCACGGUGAAGAGCCACAUCAAGGUGAAGAGCCACACCACGAGGAGCCCCAUCACGAGGAGCCACACCACGAGGAGCCCCAUCACGAGGAGCCACACCACGAGGAGCCACACCACGAGGAGCCACACCACGACGAGGAGCCCCAUCACGAGGAACCACACCAUGGCGUACACCCUCGUCCUGAAGAGCCACAUCACCAUCGACACGGUCACCAUCAUGGCGAGCCGCACCAUGGACAGCCUCAUCAUCAUUUCGGUCCUCAUCACGGAGAGCCGCAUCAUGUCAACCCCCACCACCAUGGAGGAGGACAUGCUGGACAAUCUCGCCAUGGAGAGCCGCAUCAACACGAUUAUCCUCACCAUCCUGGUCAUCACCAUCACAAUGAACCUCACCAUAACCAGGAGCCUCAUUUUGAACCUCAGCUACAUCACGAGCAGCCACACCAUGAGGGACCACAUCACGGGGGACCACGCCACGAGGGUCCGCAUCACGAGGAACCACACCACGAGGAACCACAUCACGAGGAACCACACCACGAUGGACCACAUCACGAGGAACCACACCACGAGGGACCACAUCACGAGGGACCACACCACGAGGGUCCACAUCACGAGGAACCACACCACGAGGGACCACAUCACGAGGAACCACACCACGAUGGACCACAUCACGAGGAACCACACCACGAGGGACCACAUCACGGGGGACCACACCACGAGGGUCCACAUCACGAGGAACCACACCACGAGGAACCACAUCACGAGGAACCACACCACGAUGGACCACAUCACGAGGAACCACACCACGAGGGACCACGCCACGAGGGUCCACAUCACGAGGAACCACACCACGAGGGACCACACCACGAGGGACCACACCACGAGGAACCACACCACGAGGGACCACACCACGAGGAACCACACCACGAGGGACCACAUCACGAGGGUCCACAUCACGAGGAACCACACCGCGAGGAACCACAUCACGAGGGUCCACACCACGAGGGACCACACCACGAGGAGGAACCACACCACGAGGAGGAACCACACCACGAAGAGGAACCACACCACGAGGAGGAACCACACCACGAGGAGGAACCACACCACGAGGAGGAACCACACCACGAGGAGGAACCUCACCGCGAGGAGGAACCACACCGCGAGGAGGAACCACACCACGAGGAGGAACCACACCACGAGGAGGAACCACACCGCGAGGAGGAACCACACCACGAGGAGGAACCACACCACGAGGGGGAACCCCACCACGAGGAGGAACCACACCACGAGGAGGAACCACACCACGAGGGGGAACCACACCACGAGGGGGAACCCCACCACGAGGAGGAACCACACCACGAGGAGGAACCACACCACGAGGGGGAACCCCACCACGAGGGGGAACCACACCACGAGGAGGAACCACACCACCAUGAGGAGCCCCACCACGAGGAGGAGCCCCACCGCGAAGAGGACCAGCAGCAGCAGGAGGAACACGGAUAUGUUGCCAUACCUUUCUUUGCGUAUGAACAGUGCCCAGCCGAAGCCCAAGAGGAAAGUGUACUUGAGAGCAAGUGCUAUGCGUUCGGUGAGGAGGGAUGGUGCUUCAAGCGAGGAUAUCAACACGGCCUGAUGUUGCGACAAGUCCGUGUGCAGAGCUACGAAACUGUCCUACAAAGUUGCACAUCCGACCAGUCGCUAGUCGGAGACUGUCACUGUGAACGACAAGAGCUACGCCGCUGUGUGGAGGCCUACACGGUUGGCUGUGAGGUCGCCGCACCACAGCUGCAUGAGGUACACGCAGAGUCGGACCACGAGGAGGGGCACGUGAGCCCAGGGCAACACGGCCAGAUCCAUCUGGACCAGACACCCGAAAACGAGGAGGAGCACGCCCAAGACCCCAAUGUGAUCGUGUCACAUCAGGACAUGCCUAAACACAUGCCAGACGUCCAUCCAUCGGAGAAACCCGGAUUCGGCUCGCCCAAUGAUGUGCAUGAGUCACAGCCAUCAGUUGCUGCUGUUCCCUCGGAAGGUCCGGCACAGAAUGAUCGUGUUGAGGACCGACCGCACAACCCUCCCCAGUACCCAUACCCGCAAAGCUUUCCCCGGUUCAGCCCAGGGGACGUUCCGCCCAGUGAGCAUGUACCACCGCAUCACGGCUACCCUCAACACCUGCCUGAGUCGGGUGACAUCAUCCUGAGUUCCAGCAAGUGA